GUGAGCCAAUGAAUGGAGGCGCAGACGCAGGCAGCGCACACGGCUUUGCGCACCGGUCACCGGAGGGGCGCACAGACGCUGCGCAAAGUCUAAGGUCACAUUACAAUCCAAAUUUGCAGAAAAUACGUUUGUGCACCCGGCCGCAUCGAGAUGGAGAAUAAAGUGACAGAUUUCUCGGGCAGAUGGAAAAUGAAGUCUUCGGAAAAUUUCGAGGAACUUUUAAGAGCGCUGGGAGUGAAUGUGUUCCUCAGGAAGAUUGCUGUGACUGCAGCAUCCAGCCCUGCAGUGGAAAUAGCCCAACAGGGGGAGAGUCUGUCCAUCAAGACGUCCACCAGCGUCCGCACCACACACGUGUCGUUCACCGUGGGUCAGUCCUUCAGUGAGGCCACGGUGGACGGACGCCCCUGCACGAGUUUUCCAAAGUGGGAGACGGAUCGAAAGAUCAGCUGUGAACAGACCUUACAGAAAGGCGAGGGGCCGAAGACGGCGUGGACCCGAGAGCUGACCAACGACGGAGAGCUGAUUCUGACAAUGACGGCCGGAGAUGUUGUCUGCACCAGGGUUUAUGAAAGGGAAUGAGGAAUUAAUUUCAUGACUGUCACACAAUCCCUCUGUGUUGUGCCUCAUGUAUGGUUUACAUUUACUGGCCCUGUUUUCUUCUUUGUCCUUUCCUCCCAGUCGGUCAGAUGUUGGUCAGAUCUUACUCAAACACUUGUAUAGUUGGCCUUUAAAAAAGCAAAGUCUCUCUAUGUAUCAUAUAUAAAUGUAAACAUUUUGCAACAUUUUUCAAUGCUUUAUUGCAAAAACGCUUUUAAACGUGUCCAAAAACAUUUUUAUAUAAACUCAUUGUUUGAUGUUCCUUA